AUGCUCAAUCGCUGGAAGGCUGCUAUUUCCACCUACUGCUUAAAGGUGAAGUUCCCAACAGAACAGGGGAUCGGAGAAAUUAAAGGAGACCAGGUGUUGGCAAGAGAAUGCUAUCAGGCCGUCCUGGCCUCAAAAGAGAACCAUACGUGGACGAUCGAAGAGAAAUCGCCAGAGAUUGUGGAAAAGCUUGAAAUGGUAGAGCUGGCUGAAGGGAGUCCACCAAAGACGACCCAAAUAGGGAUGAACCUGAGUCCCAGGAUGAAGGAAGAGAUCGUCAGCUUCCUGAAAAGCAACCUCAAUAUAUUCGCAUGGAGCCACGAAGAUAUGCUGGAAAUCCCAGCAAGCCUUAUCCAGCAUCACCUGAAUGUUGACCCGGGAAAGAAGUCCGUCCAGCAGAAAAGGAGAGUUUUUGCCCCCGAGCAAAACAAGGCAGUGAUGGACGAAGUAAAUAAGUUACUUGCAGCCAAAUUUAUUCGGGAAGUCCACUACCCCGAGUGGUUGGCCAAUCUAGUGGACUCCACAGCAGGGCACAAACUUCUCACGUUUAUGGAUGCGUUCUCUGGAUACAACCAGAUACAAAUGGCUGAAGAAGACCAAGAAAAUACUGCUUUUAUCACCAGCCAGGGACUAUGUUGUUACCGGGUCAUGCCUUUUGGACUCAAGAACGCAGGUGCCACCUAUCAGAGGUUGGUGAACCAGAUGUUCGAGAAGCAAAUCGGGAGAAACGUGGAGGUUUACAUUGACGAUAUGCUCGUCAAGAGCAAAGAGGAAGAAGAUCAUCUGGACGACCUCAGGGAGACGUUCAAUACGCUCAGGCAGUACAGCAUGAAGCUAAACCCAUCCAAGUGUGCUUUUGGGGUUUCCUCUGGAAAAUUCCUCGGGUUUAUGGUUUCGCAGAGAGGGAUAGAAGCAAACCCCGAGAAGGUCAAAGCCAUCCUUGAAAUGUCCUCACCCAGGACGGUCAAAGAAGUGCAAUCCCUCACAAGAAGAAUAGCAGCCCUCAACAAGAUCGUCUCGAAGGCUACAGACAAAUGCCUUCCAUUCUUCAAGACUUUGAAGAAAGUGUUUUCCUGGACGGAGGAGUGUGAAACGGCGUUCCAAGAGUUGAAGCGCUAUCUUAGCAACCCUCUGCUCUUAAGCCCAUCGAAAGAGGGCGAAGACUUAUUCCUGUUCUUAGCUGUGUCUGUUACGGCCGUCAGCGUGGCGUUGAUCAGAGAAGAAGACAGGUUGCAACUUCCUGUGUAUUACGUUAGCCAGGCUUUCCAGGGUGCUGAGGCACGGUAUCCUCACAUAGAGAAGAUUACCCUCGCCCUGAUUAUGGCUUCGAGAAAACUUCGUCCAUACUUUCAAGCCAAUCCCAUCAUUGUAAUGACAGACCAACCCAUCAAAAAAGCAAUGAACAAGCCCGAAGCGGCAGGACGAAUGAAAGGAGGCGGAGCAGGCAUCAUCAUCACUUCCCCUGAAAAAAAUGUUCUCAAGUAUGGGGUCCAGCUCAAAUUCUCUGUAACCAAUAAUGAGGCAAAAUACGAGGCCUUAUUGACGGGAUUGAGAAUAGCUUGGGCACUUGGAGGUGAGAAUAUUGUGCUCAAGAGCGACUCCCAGCUCAUCAUAGGGCAAGUGAGAGGGGAGUACGAAGUAAAGGAGGCAAGGAUGCAGAAGUAUCUCAAAUUGACGAACCAGCUGGUAAGUGCCUUUAAUUACGUAGAGUUCAUCCAGAUCCCUAGGGAUCAGAACGCUGAAGCUGACGAAGUUGCACGAAGUGCCUCAACGGACAACCAAAAUAAAAGGUUCGAUUGGAAGAUGGAAGAACAAAACUCCCUAGCAUCCAGGGACUUCAAACUCUCUUGGUGCACAUCGACCCUGGAUGGACGAGCCCGAUUUUGUCAUUCCUUCGAGAAGGACGACUACCGUCAGAUCCAGAAGAAGCUAAAAAGGUCCAGAAACGAGCAGUCAGAUUUACGAUACUUAAUGACGAACUCUACAAAAGGAGUUACUCCUAACUGUAUUUGA